GCCAGAGCAUGACGGUCACCCCGUGGUACUGCCGCUACGGCAUUCACGGCGACGUCGCACGACACACGAACAUCGAUGGCACUGCCCUCUAUCGAACGCGCGAGCGUCCCUGCGACUGCGCGCCACCGCCGCCGCGGCCCGUGUUGCGCAGACCACUGCAACCGCGUCGUCCCGCGUCUGCCACAGCGAGUGGCCAACGCCGCCCGCGCGGACGUGGGCGAACGGGACGGCCGCCCUUCCAACUCCCAAGUCAGCAAGACAACCUCGCCAGUGCACCUGCGCCGACGUACCUGAACCAACCCUUGACGUUUUAUGAAGGCGGACUGCGCGUUGUGGUUCCACCCAUCACAGUCGAGUCGAGCGGCGGCGGCGCGGACGACCUGCGAGAUUCCUUGUCCCGCCUGAUGCUCAGCUCCGGCGGAGGGGCGAUGAACUGUUUGCCUGCUUUACCUUCCAUUCCGGUUGUGUGGCCCCAGCCGGACCUCGCCGACCUGCGCAACGACGUGUCUCAGCGGAACGGUGCACCAACCACGCCUGCAGAUGCUUUCUAUGGCCGCUACCCAAACACAGCUGCAUCCACGCUUGCUGCUGUUCCAUCGGAAAGCCGUGUUGCGUCUCCCUUCGCUGGAGCAACUCCGCCUCCUCCUCCGACGGAAGCUCCCACCGCCGCCACAGGAGUAGAUGCAGAUCCGCCUUAUCCCCCCUCCGCCCCCGUGCCGUCUGGUUUGUGUUCGCCGACGCGACACGCGCUGCACGCACGCUGGGGCAUCUCCUUCUGUUCUGUGUGCGGCCUGCCUCUGACUUCGAAAGCAACGCCGUAUACGCCGGUGACGUGUCCGCUUGGCCCGCACCUCCACAAUCAGCAGACAUCAUCAUCUCCCACGACGACGCAAGACGACGGUAAUGCAAACGCAGAUAACUUUUGCAUGCUGUGUGGAACCGGCUUGAAAUCCCCCGUGGAUGCAGCGACAGCGGCGGCGGCAGGUGGUACCAGUUCGCGUCCUCCAGCAGAACCUGGGGUGAACCAGCCGCCGCUACAGCAGUCGGCGCUGCACGCAGACUUCCUCACGCGACGGGACAUGCAGAGCGUCGACGAGAUCAUGGCACACUUGCUGGACAACGCUGCGAUGCAUGGAGGAAGAGUGCAGCCACCGUGUGGACUGCCCAACUGCCGCCUCUGCGAAGGUGUUGCAGGCGCCACCGAUGCAUCAGAUGCGCUAGAAAGGUGUAGAAGUGGGUGCAGUAAGCAGGGCAACAAGUGGUGGGGGUGGGGUGCGCCAGCCAUGUGCGGCAGCCCUGCGGUGGCCAUCAUCCACAAUCAUUACUACAGCUGA